AGGAUGACGUGUCAAAGCUGGAUGUCCCAUGCGCGUGCUCCGGUAGUCUCAAGUAUGCGCAUCACGAUUGCAUCCAGAGGUGGUGCAACGAAAAGGGCAACACUCAGUGCGAAAUCUGCCAUCACCCGUUCAAAGAGGGCUACACCGCGCCGCCGCCGCCCGCGUCGCCGCCAACCACGCCGGGGCUCGUGGCGCUGCAGUUCCGCGACGGCUCGGGGCAGCUGAGCCACAUCGUCACGUUCCGCGACGCGGUGACGGGCGAGGAGCUGCGCUUCGGCCUCGAGGACUUUGCCUCCGCGCCCGCGGCGCCGGAAAUCCCGGAGCCGGCCACCGUCAGCUGCUUAAAGUCGCUCAUUAUCAUCGUGCUGUUGCUCAUCUUCGCGCGACACUUCUUCGCGCUCGUGCUGGAGGCGAGUGGCGACGACGACGACGUUGACGAAGACUCUGCGGAGUUCACGGUAUGGCUGUGCGACGCUGUGCGACAGUGUGCUGGGUGGUCUGUGCGACGGUGUGCUGGGUGGGCUGUGCGACGCUGUGCUGGGUGGGCUGUGCGACGCUGUGGUGUGUGGGCUGUGCGACGGUGUGCUGUGUGGGCUGUGCGACGCUGUGCUGUGUGA